AAAACAAAUAUUCCUGAGUUGGUUGGUAUGCUGCCAUAGUUGCUACCUUCAUAGCAUGCCAUUUGCAUAUACUUGAUCGGAUCUAUCACCGAACGAACCCUAACCAGUCUUUCUUAGGUCGCUAUUUCUCCAUUUUUUCUUCCGUUCAUCGGCGAUGGCAUCACAUUUACUCAAUCACUCGGCCAAGGUGAGAAAUGUUUCGAAGUUGCUGCACCACGAGCGUUAUAUGUUGGCGCGUUGGUUUUCCGGCGAUGCUCAAUCCUCUCUCAAUAGGAGGCGCGAUGUGUGGAAAACUCAGCUCCCUGAGUCUUCAACAAGAAACAGUGUCUUUGAGCCGGUCGUCGACUUUACUAAGAGAAACAUCUCCAUGGCUAGUAUCAGAAGGGGUUCCAUCACCGGGUCUGGUUUCACCGGAGAGAUUUCACCAAGUUCACAGGUGUUGUCAAGGAGAUGCUAUGCGUCAGCCUCAGAUCUACCCCCGCACCAGGAAAUUGGAAUGCCUUCUCUCUCACCUACAAUGACCGAGGGUAACAUUGCAAGAUGGUUGAAGAAAGAAGGUGAUAAAGUUUCUCCUGGUGAAGUGCUUUGUGAAGUUGAAACUGAUAAAGCUACUGUUGAAAUGGAAAGUAUGGAAGAAGGUUAUCUGGCCAAGAUAGUUCGUGGAGAUGGGGAAAAAGAAAUUAAAGUUGGUGAGGUAAUUGCCAUAACUGUUGAAGAUGAGGGGGAUAUUGACAAGUUUAAAGACUACAAACCCUCAACAUCUGAACCAAGUGCACCUCCUGUCAAAGAAACAUCUGUGCCAUCCCCAGCAAAGAAGGAGGCAGAGGAGCCUGUUCGAGAACCUGAGGCAAAGGUUUCCAAACCAAGUGUGCCAACUCCAUCUGGAGAUCGCGUAUUUGCUAGUCCUCUUGCUAGAAAGUUGGCUGAAGAGAAAAAUGUACCACUCUCUAGCAUUAAAGGAACAGGACAUGAAGGACUAAUUGUGAAGGCUGAUAUUGAAGAUUUCUUAGCUUCUGAUGCAGCUUCUAGUCAAGUUUCCGCACCCUCAAAGGCCAAGGGUGCAACAGAUGCAGCUCUGGAUUAUAUCAACAUUCCUGUCUCUCAGAUACGGAAGGUCACAGCUUCACGGCUAUUAUUAUCAAAGCAAACUAUUCCUCAUUACUAUUUAUCAGUGGAUGCAUGUGUUGAUAAACUCAUGAGUUUGCGGAGCAAACUCAAUUCCUUGCAAGAAGCCUCUGGUGGCUCCCGCAUAUCAGUUAAUGACCUUGUAAUCAAGGCUGCUGCAUUGGCUCUCCGCAAAGUUCCUCAAUGUAACAGUUCAUGGGCAAAUGAUUAUAUUCGCCAGUAUAAUAAUGUGAAUAUUAAUGUAGCUGUGCAGACUGAUAAUGGGCUCUUUGUUCCAGUUAUCAGGGAUGCAGACAAGAAAGGCCUCUCUACAAUAGGGGAGGAGGUCAAACAAUUGGCAAAGAAAGCCAGAGAAAACAGCUUGAAACCCCAAGAUUAUGAGGGAGGUACAUUUACAGUGUCUAACCUGGGAGGGCCAUUUGGUGUCAAACAAUUCUGUGCAAUCAUCAAUCCUCCUCAGUCGGGCAUUCUUGCAGUUGGAUCUGCUGAGAGGAGGGUCAUUCCGGGAUCAGGUGCUGAAGAAUUCAAGUUUGGUUCUUUCAUGUCUGUGACCCUCAGCUGUGAUCAUCGUGUUAUAGAUGGUGCAAUUGGUGCCGAAUGGCUAAAAGCAUUCAAGGGCUAUAUUGAAAAUCCAGAAUCCAUGUUGUUGUAAGAGCAAGUAGAAAUCAUAAAUUAUAUUGUAAACGGGGGAUGAGGUUUUGUUCACUCGGGUAUUUCUAUAUUCCCAUUUGGGUUUGGUUGAUCGUGUACCUGAUCAAUUUUUGAUUGAAGUGUUUAGUCACUUUAAAAAUAAUUUUUGGAGAAAUGUGAUUUUUUUAAUAAGAGAGGGUAGAUGAGGCAUUUAAUUUAAACCCACGAAUUGUGCUCACAAUAGAUACCUCCCCAGAUACACGGCUGAUUAUGUAACAUUUUCUUUGUUUAUGUUGCAAAUAUUUGAAAUAACUUGCAUUUUGAAAGAAAGUGUAUUUAAUAUGUUGUUCAUUUA